AUUUUACGUACGUAUUUAUUUGCGCUAUAUUUUUAUUCUUCAAGAUUCCCUUGAAAUUGAUUAAAAUACAGCAGGUUAAUUAGCCUAGAAUGAAAAAUAAAAGAUCUGUAAAGCAGGAGAAGCAACAGAACAACGGAGGUAAGAAAAGAAUAACGAGACGGAGAAGAGGGAAAGGAAAAAAGAACAAAAAUAAAUUAAAUGAAUCACCAACAACGUCAAACAACAUCCAACAGCAUCAAAAUUUCAACAAUAGUCAGUUCAGAAAGAAAGUCCCAAAAAUGGAUCUUCGUCCACUAAAGCGUUUAAAUCGAGGCUUAAAUAAUUUUCAUCAAAAAACUCCUAGAGUCAAAAAACGACCUAAUCGAACUUUGAAGAAAAUGCGAAACAAUCAAGCUAAUCCAAGCUUCCUGGAUGCACUCAGUGAAUAUAAAAGAGUUAGGGUCAUGAACCGUCAAAAUGCUCCGUCAACAUCUAAAGACAAUCAGGAGAACCUCAAAGCUUAUCAAUCAGUCACAAUCAUUAGUGAUGAUGACCUAGAAGAUGGAGAGAUAAUCGAGGAUAAAGUCACGCAAUAUGUAAGCUUAAUAGCUGAUAGCUUCAAGGAAGUUGAACGUUCAAAAAUGAUUAAAGACAAGAAAUCUCCUGAUUCGAGUUAUGAGAAUCAGCCAAUAUUUUAUGUCGAUAAGUCAGCAGACAGUUUCUCGGAAGUUCCACUUUAUAAGCCAUUGACAGGCUCGUUUGUUCAGCCAAUGGAAGUAGAUGAUUCUGUUAUUGUUGUUAACGACACGCAUUCAAAUUCAGAUGAUUCAGUGAUUAUAAUUGAAGAUAAGUCACCAAUUAAGCAACCAAAUUUUACUGCUGGAAGUGAUUUUAUUGCAUUAUCGCCAAUUCCACAUGAAUUAACUAAAUUGCCCGAAAUGUCAAGCAAGGAGAAACGCAGGGAGAGACAAAAGGCUAGAGUCAAGACUUGGAAACAAAAGAAAAUGGUUGAAAAAGUCCUGGAACUUCAAUCGAAUGGAUUGCUGGAUGGAAUCGCACCUAUAAGAGUGUCAAACACUAAUAAUGGAACUUCUACAAUUAAUAAUUUACAUGCCAUACCUAAACCUACAAAUUUGCCAUCAACAUCACAAGAUAUUCCAACAUUAUCGCAAGUCGUCCAAUCAAUGAACAAUCCAGUUCAAACUGUGACUUUAAAUCCAUCAAGCAUGUUUAGACCGCAAUUAAAUACAGCACCAGUUAUGCAUUCUACGCCAGUAACUGUAAAGCCACCAAUAGAACGUGAAAAGCGUAAAAUUUUGAUUGACGGGAGUAAUGUUGCUAUGGGAUUCACAGCUUCAGAAAUUGGUAAGAAAGCAAUGGGUAAUGAUUAUAGGGAAUUUUCAGCCGAAGCACUAAAGCAAGUAGUAACAUAUUUUGAGGAUAAAGGAUUUCAAGUUAAAGCAGUCGUUCCUGAAUUUCGAGUUCGUCGCGAUAAAUCAUCGAAUCAUGCAUUAAUGGUGGAACUACUUGAAGCCAGUAAACUUAUCACGACUCCUUCGAAAUCUUAUGAUGAUCUUAUACUUUUGGAAUCUGCAGCAAAGCUUAAUGCAGCUAUUGUUAGCAAUGACUUGUUCCGUGAUGUAAAGAAUAUAAAAAAGUCUCAAAAGGAUGUAAUGGAAGUGAUAGAUAAGCGGCAAAUUAGAUACAAUUGGGUGUUUGGGGAGUUUAUCCUGGCUGACGAUCCCUAUGGACGUGCUGGGCCAAAGCUGGAUGACAUUUUAUUUAAGUAACGGUUUACCAAACAAUUCGUUUUUAUUUUUUAAGCAUUACUAGUUAUCAUUUUACUAUUUUUUUUGGGGGACAUAAACUGUUAUGAAGGAUAUUAGAGUGUAAUAAAGAAGUGUUUAAUCAUUUAUAAUGAUUUCUAAUAAA